UUUUUGACGUACACAUACAUCAGGCAGCCCCCGUCCGUCCGCCAAUCUGUACAGCUACUCCGUCAGGCAUCGACACUCGUACACACACACACACACUCACACACAUGCAGCUAUGCUGUGCAGCACACGAACGCGUCAGCUAAGAAUGGCCCCACUGCCCGUCUGCUAUCAAUGAAUGAUCCACCACACACAGAAGGCGGCCUGAUAGACCCCACCACCACCACCACCACCACCCAGACACACCCACCUUCUCCUCACCACCCAACGCCUCCUGGAUGUCCACCCUAUCCAGCUUGAUGGGCAUCUUGUCGGCCAGCAGCCGCCCGGCAGCACCACCCAUUUCGCUCCGGAUAGACAGCUCUGAGGCCUUCGGGAACGGCUGGAGGUGUGUGAUGAUGGCGGGGUGGGGCGAUGGGGUGUUGGCGGGGGGCUGCAAGUCAGAGGCAUUCCCGACCUCCACCGCCGUGGCCCAGUCGAAUGAAAUGCUCGAUGCGAUGUCGAUGGCCGCUGGGCUGGGGUUGGUGUGCGGGUCGGUGAGGCCGUGCUGAUUGGAGAUGUACUGCACCAAUGUGGCCUUGCGUGCCAGCUGCUGCAUCAUGGUCUUGAAUGCGGGUGAGGGGCGGGAGGGGAAAU